AUGACACUUAUCUCUUCCUUCCAGCGAUUGGCCAUUAGCCGCCCUGUUCAACAGUAUCGUACUUAUGUUGCCGCCAAGCAACUUCGACCUACAAAGUUCAAGAGCAUCCUGGAAAAUGUCCCUUCCAAGCCGCGUUCAGGUUGGCAAAUCUUCUGUCGUGAGAAUCUCAAGAACCACAAGGGACCUGAUGGCAAGACCAACAUUGUCGAAGCCAACCGUGCCUUGUCUGCACAAUGGCAUUCACUCCCAGAGGCUGACAAAGAGCGCUACAAUGAGAUUUUCAAAAAGGAAGCAGCUGCUCACCAGGAAGCCUACGAUCGUGCUUUGCAAAACGCAACCCCUCAGGAACUUUAUGAUGAAAACCAGUUGAGAAAAAAGUACAAGCUCAAGGAACUCAAGGAUCCAAAGGCACCAAAACGUCCUGCAUUGGGUGGAUACAUGUACUACCUUGUGGAACUACGUCAAAAUGAUAGCUCGUUUGGCACCAUGCCACUCAUGGAACAAUCCAAGGAGGCUUCCAGGAGAUACAAGGCCUUGUCCGAUCAGGAAAAGAAGCCAUACAUUGAGCAAGCCGAUAAAGCCAAACAAAAGUAUCUUCAAGAAAAGGAAAAUUACAAUGCCCAGAUCAAGAAGAAAUAG